AGUAAACGUUACAGUGCCGAGGUUUGAGUAGUCGUUCAGUGUGGAAGUAAGCCAGAGACCAGACGCACGUCAACAAUGCGGCAACUCAAAUGGGUAUUUUCCGUUAUGUGGCUUUUCUCGCGGUUAACAGUGUGUAAGACUUACGUGGUCAGACGGUCCGGAAAGGCUGCAUCACCAGACGAAUCGCUCUCAAGAAGUUUCUCUGACCAGCCAUUUACCAGCCUGGCAGGUUCUUGCAAAAAACGGUGUUUUGAGCUAGUGGAAGCCGAUUCCCCAAAUUGUCGCUGUGACAACCUGUGUAAAACAUACAAUAUGUGUUGCUCAGACUUUGAUGACCACUGUCUAAAAACUGCAGGGGGUUUUGAGUGUAGUAAAGAGCGUUGUGGUGAAAAUCGUAAUGAGCAGCAUGCCUGCCACUGCUCAGAGGACUGCAUGGCCAAAGGAGACUGCUGCACCAACUACAGGUCUCUUUGCAAAGGCGAUGUUCCUUGGUUGCAAGAAGAGUGUGAAGAGAUUAAGAACCAAGAGUGUCCUGCUGGGUUUGUUCGACCUCCUGUCAUCAUGUUGUCUGUUGAUGGCUUUCGUGCAUCUUACAUGAAAAGAGGAGGCACGGUGAUCCCCAAUAUCGAGAAACUCCGAUCCUGUGGAACACAUGCACCAUACAUGAGGCCUAUGUACCCCACAAAAACCUACCCAAAUUUGUAUACAAUUACAACGGGGCUUUAUCCUGAAUCGCAUGGGAUUGUGGGUAACUCUAUUCAUGACCCAAGCUUUGAUGCCAACUUUAACUUCCGUGGGAAAGAGAAGCUUAAUCAUCGAUGGUGGGGAGGCCAGCCUAUCUGGAUUACUGCAAUGAAACAGGGAGUAAAGGCUGGCUCAUUUUUCUGGCCAGUUGCCAUUCCAUUGGAAAGAAGAGUUCUGACCAUGUUGCAAUGGCUUCAUCUUCCCGAUGCAGAGAGGCCAUAUCUUUAUGCAAUGCAUUCUGAACAGCUGGAUUCAUAUGGCCACAAACUAGGACCCCACAGCACAGAGCUUAACAGUGCACUAAGGGAUGUUGAUAAGGUGAUUGGACAGCUGAUGAAUGGCCUGAAACAGAUGAAACUGCACCGUUGUAUCAAUAUCAUUUUGGUUGGAGACCAUGGUAUGGAAGAAGCUCAUUGUGACAAAACAGAGUUCCUAAGCUCUUAUGUAUCCAACACUGAGGACCUCAUCUUAAUUCCUGGCUCACUGGGAAGAAUCCGGGCCCGAAAUCCCAACAACUCUAAAUUUGAUGCAAAAGCAGUUGUGGCAAACCUAACAUGUAAAAAGCCAGACCAGCACUUCAAGCCAUACUUAAAACAGCAUCUUCCCAAACGUUUGCACUAUGCCAAUAACGACAGAAUUGAAGAGAUUCAUUUGAUGGUGGAGAGGAAAUGGCACAUUGCACGGAAAAUCAUGAAAACAAAAAGGAAUCAUGAGAAAUGUGGGUUUGCUGGUGAUCACGGAUAUGACAAUAAGAUCAACAGCAUGCAGACAAUUUUUCUUGGAUAUGGACCAGCUUUCAAAUUCAAAACCAAAAUUCCACCAUUCGAGAAUAUUGAGCUUUAUAAUAUCAUGUGUGAUCUCCUUGGCUUGAAGCCAGCCCCUAACAAUGGUACACAUGGUAGUCUUAACCAGCUCCUAAGGACCCCUGUAUACACACCCAACAUCCCUGAAGAAGUGACCAAGCCAAACCCUGCAGGACCAGUCAUAACUAUUAAUGAUGACCUGGGCUGCACUUGUGAAGACAAGGUCAGCAAUAAAAACAAAGUGGACGAGCUCAAUCAACGACUGAGACAAGUUAUUGAUGACAACAAGAAUCUUCCAUAUGGUCGUCCAGCUGUUAUGUUUCGCACCAAAUACUGCAUUCUUCAUCAUACUGACUAUAUUAGUGGCUACAGUGAAGCUUUACAUAUGCCUCUUUGGACAUCUUAUACUGUUUCCAAGCAGGUAGACUUUACCCCUCUGACUGAUGCUCUAAGCAACUGCGUUCGACCUGAUAGUAGAGUUCCUACAGCUUACAGCCAGUCCUGCUCAAACUACCGCACAGAAAAACAGAUCUCCUACUGUUUCCUCUAUCCACCUCAGAUGUCCUCCACUCAGGAAGCAAGAUAUGAUGCUGUUCUCAUUACCAACACUGUGCCAAUGUACUCAGCAUUCAAGCGAGUGUGGAGUUAUUUUCAGAAAUCACUUGUGAAACGUUAUGCUAGUGAGAAAAAUGGUGUGAAUGUGGUCACCGGGCCCAUUUUCGACUAUGACUACAAUGGUCUUAGAGAUUCUACAGAGACAAUAAAACAGUUUGUCAGUGGCUCCGUGCAAAUUCCAACUCAUUACUUUAUUGUGGUAACAAGUUGCCUCGAUUACACACAGACCGUUGACUCCUGUGUCGGACCUCUCAGUGUGUCCUCUUUCAUUCUUCCACACCGAUCAGAUAAUGACGAGACCUGCAAUAGUUCAGAAGAUGAGUCAAAGUGGGUGGAGGAACUGAUGAAGACUCACAACAGCCCCCGCCUGCGAGAUGUGGAGUUACUCACAGGACUGGACUACCGCCGGACCAGCAGGACCUAUGAGGAGAUUCUCGCUCAAACUUACUUGCACACAUACGAAAGUGAGAUCUGAAAUCCUCCCUGCAUUAGCAUGUCCUAGAUACCUACCUGUAGCCUUCAGUUCCAGACAAACACACCUGUCUGUAAUUAGCAAACGUUCCUGAAAUGUCGUAAUCAGCUAGUUGAGUUGUUUGAUUGGGAUUGGAGAUGAACUUUGUGGGGAGAAUAGGAA